AUGGUUGUAAGCCAGUACUCGGCCCCUAGUAGCGAGACUUGCGCAGAAUCACAUCCCCCACUCAGCAGAGCUCAUUCCAGCUUUGAACUUGCUUUCGAAGUGUUGCGUCUCCCUACAAACUAUGACUACGACCCUCUGAACUACGUCUGCGACUUUCAAACUACGCCUAUGCCCUUCAACCUUUGUCUACGACCAGUACACCCCCUUCAAAGCACACCUACUCGUACAGCUAAGUCCCCCAAAGUUCUGUUCUUGCGCCCGACCUUUGGACAAGACUCAUGUGUCCACACUCGAAUCGCACUUCGCCUUUGCAUCAUUGAGCCAGCUCCCCUCUUACCUUCCCUCUGCUUCUACGAGAAGUCGGAGUGUUCGGACGGUCCGAAACAGUCUUGUGACACCAUCCCGAGAAAGUCUAGUGAAGUUGUCGCCGUUUGA